AUGACUCACUUGCUCCCCUUUCCUGCCUUCCUGACCGCAUUUCCUCCUCACCCCUCCUCCCUCGCCGAUCUGGUGAGUAACUCGCCUGCGCCCAAUCUUCCCUUCGCCCUUGGUGCUGCCAGCGCUUCUCAGGUGUCGGGGAUCGUGGAGCUCUCCUUCCCUCCUGCCCAUAACGAUUGUCUCGGUGAUGCCACUCCUCCUCCCAUCUCCCUCCCUGUCCUCGCUGCAGAUCACGUUCUGGCGAGCGGUGCCCGCCUCCAUAUCUCUUGUCACGUUGCGGACGUUGAUCCAUCGAGCGAUGCUCGCUUCCCCAACUCACACCCUGUUCUUGUUGCCGAUCUGGCGAACUUGACUCGCCUCCCCACUUUCUCUCAUGAUGUCUGCGCAAAUCCGGUGAGCGUGGCCCACUUCCCCGCUUCCCGUCUUGGUGGCGAUACGAAUCUGGCGAACGCGACUCACCUCCAUGCCUUCCCUCAUGGCGCUGGCGCCGAUCCGGCGAACGUGACCCGUUUCCCCGCGCUCCGCGAUGCUGCUGACGCGGAUCCGGCGAGCGCGACUCGCCUCUCCGCCUCCCACUGCGAUUCUUCCACGGUUCCGGCGAGCGCGACCCGCCUCCCCGCCUCCCGUUGCGAUUCCUCCACGGAUCUGGCGAACGCGAUCCGCCUUCCCGCCUCCCACUGUGAUACCUCCCCAGUUCCGGCGAACGCGACCCGCUUCCCCGCCUCCCGUCACGUUGCUGAUGUGGCUCAGGCAAACGCGACCCGCCUCCCCGCCCUUCGUCAUGAUGCGGGCGUAGAUCUGGCGCGCUCAGACCGCUUCCCCGCUUUCCGUCAUUCUGCUGGCGCGGAUCCGGCGCGCGUGCUGCGCCGCUGCCCUGUUCCCCGCCUUGCGCCUGCUGUCCAGGAACGGGCGCUUCCUUGCGUGCGCUUCGUAAGCUGCCUGUUCCGCCAGUCUCUUCCGCCUCGCCUGCCUUGGUGGGGUUUGCCACCGUUGCUUCCGCGGGCAUGUCGCGCUGCUCGCCUUCGUCCUCCUCCUGGGCUCCGCCGCCAACAUCAGCCACGUCGUCACGCUCAGAUCCCUGCGACGAGUCCGUGCGCUCGUCCACUCCUCCUUCAGCGUUGA